UUCAAAGAUCACUAUAUUUUAAUUAUGGUUCUGUUAUAUAUUCCUAAAUGUGCACUGAGUUGCCUCUUUGCCCAGGCUGUGGGUGCACCGGACACUUUUAUUGCUGCUGUAUAUGAGCAUGCUGUUACAUCACCAAACAUAAUAGAAACACCUGUUUCGGUGAAAAAGGCUUUGUUCCUGAUGAAAAAGAACAUAGACAUUUUGGAGAAAGCAAUAAAGCUGGCAGCCAAGCAGGGUGCACAUAUCAUUGUGACCCCAGAAGAUGAAAUCUAUGGUUGGAUCUUCACCAGGGAAACCAUUUACUCCUACCUGGAGGAUAUACCAGACCCUGAAGUGAACUGGGUUCCCUGUAGAGAUCCCAAGAGGUUUGGCUACACGCCAGUGCAGGAGAGACUCAGCUGCCUCGCCAAGGACAACUCUAUCUAUAUUGUGGCAAAUAUUGGGAACAAGAAGUCAUGUAAUUCUACUGACCCUCAAUAUCCUCUGGAUGGACAUUAUCAAUACAACACCAAUGUGGUAUUUGAUUCUGAGGGCAGGCUAGCAGCCUGAUACCAUAAGUACAAUCUUUUUGCUCCAGAGAUUCAGUUUGAUUUCCCCAAAGAUUCAGAGUUGGUGACUUUUGACACUCCCUUUGGGAGGUUUGGCAUCUUCACUUGCUUUGACAUUUUUUCUUACGACCCAGCUGUGGCAGUUGUGAAGGACUUUCAAGUUGACAGCAUUGUCUACCCUACGGCAUGGUACAACACUUUGUCCCUCCUUUCAGCUGUCCCAUUCCAUUCAGCAUGGGCCAGAGCCAUGGGAGUCAACCAGCUUGCAGCAAACACCCACAACACCAGAAUGCACAUGGCAGGGAGUGGGAUCUAUAACCCGGAAGCUGUUAGUGUGUACCACUGUGACAUGGAGACAGAGAGUGGCCAGCUGCUGUUAUCAGAAUUGAAGUCUCAGCCCCUUGCAGAGGUUGACUGGGAUGCUUACGUCAGAAGUAUCAAACCAUUCUCAUCAGAGCAGGCAGACUUCCCAGGGAUGAUUUAUUUUGAUGAAUUCAGCUUCACGCAGCUUUUGGGGAGUACUGGAAAUUACACAGUUUGCCAAAAGGACCUGUGUUGUCACCUGACGUAGAAGAUGUCAGAGAAGCGAAUGGAUGAGACCAAUGUCCUGGGUGCCUUUGAUGGACGGCACACAGUAGAAGGGCAAAUUACUUACAGAACCAAUUCUUUUUCUUGGCUACAGGGUGAAAAACAUCAGAUUGAGGAGCUCUCUGCAGAUAUGCACAUUACUAAGUGUCAAAUCACCAACUUGAGAACUUGUGGGAAACCCAUGGGAUCAGCUUUUACCAAGUUUGAAGAAUUCUCUCUCAGUGGCACCUUUGGGACAAACUACGUUUUCCCUCAGAUGGUCCUAAGUGGGAGUCAGCUUGCCCCGGAAAGAUAUUAUGAAGUUACAAGAGAUGGACGUCUCAGGAGCCGAGGUGGAGCCCCUUUGCCUGUCCUGGUGAUGGCCCUGUAUAGAAGAGUGUUUGAGAAGGACCCUCCACGCUUAGGGCAGGGACCUGGGAAGAUACAAGGAACCCCUUCAUUGUGGACUGUCAGAAUUAGCCUGGCAAAGAGAGGGGGCAUAAAUAAAAGAGUAUUUAUGUAG